AUGGAAGUAGAACAUGAUAAUGCUAACAAUGAAACUAAGAUUAAUAAUGACAUAGAAAUAGUAAAAACCGGGGAAAUAAAAGUAGAACAUGAUAAUGAUAGCAAUAAUAAAGUAGAAAUAGCAACAACAGAGAAAAAUGACAAGUCGAAAAAAGAAGGCGCAGCAAUGAGAAAUUUUUAUGUCAUUGCCUGUGGAUAUUUGUUAUUCACUUUGACCGAUUCGGGGCUACGAAUGAUUGUUUUAUUGGAGUUAUAUCAAAGACAUUUUAAUGCACUUCAAAUAUCCCUUAUGUUUACGUUAUAUGAAUUUUUGGGAGUAGUAACGAAUUUAGUGGGUGGAAUCCUGGGAUCUCGACUUGGACUUCGUUUUUGUCUGCUGACUGGACUCGUUGCCCAAAUAAUUGGGAUAGGAAUUCUGUGUGGUCUACAACGCGACUGGACAAGAACAGUCAUAAUAGUCUAUAUAACAAUCGCACAAGGAUUCAGUGGCGUAGCAAAAGACAUGGUAAAACUCGGCGGGAAAUCCGUCACGAAAAUAGUAAAACACAACGACUCGUCAACACAUCAAUCAGCUUUGUUCAAACUUGUCGCCUAUUUAACGGGCGCGAAAAAUUCAGUAAAAGGAGCUGGAUUCUUUUUAGGAGCUUUUUUACUGUCUUUUACCGGCUACAUAGUGUCGUUGAUAAUUAUGGCGGCUAUGAAUUUGGUGGUUAUUCCUUUUGCGUGGUUUUACUUGGAAAGUACUUUGGCUGUGAGUAACCGACGAAAACCGUUAUCGUUUAAAGAGGUUUUUGAUAAAGGAAGAGAUGUUAAUAUUUUAUCGUUGGCGAGAAUGUUUUUAUUUGGUUCGAGAGAUUUGUGGUUUGAAGUUCCAUUGCCGGUGUUUUUACGUGGAGAAAUUGGAUGGUCAUAUAUAGCAACUGGUGGACUUCUAGCAGGCUGGAUUAUAUUUUACGGAUUCAUACAAUCAAGCACACCACAAAUCCUAAAACCAAGCCAUCUCUACCCCAUAACAUCCGGCCGAAUUCUCGUACCAAUGACCUUCAUUCUCCUAAUCAUCACAAUUCUAAUCUCAAUCGUCACCACAAUCAUCACACAAACUAGCUUACUUCUCGGACUACUAAUCUCUGGUUUAUUUCUAUUUGCGUUCGUAUUCGCAGUGAAUUCGUCGGUGCACUCGUUCCUGAUUCUGGCGUAUUGUCAUCGUGACAAAGUGGCGAUGAACGUCGGGUUUUAUUAUAUGGCGAAUGCGCUUGGGCGGUUAGUCGGGUUGAUUAUCGGAGGUGUGUUGUACCAGUAUGUGGGGUUGUAUGCGUGUUUGUGGACGAGUGUUGGGGCGUUGUUUAUUUGUUUGAUAGUGUCGUGGUUUUUGGGACCGGUGCCCGAGGAAGAAAUGGUAUUGGAUUAA